UUCGAGUGUAUAAAAAGUGCUAGAUAGCCGAGUUAUGUUGAAACUGGCGCCCCAAAGCGGCAGAUAUUAUAGUCAAUUAAGCCGCAUUUGCCAGCGAAUUUUGCCGAAAAUUCAGACGCAGGCGAAUCCACCAAAACAACAACUGCAACAACAACAAUUGAAAGAACAGCAACACAGCUACGCAACUUUGGCGGCCAAAAUGAAGAAGGAGAAAAAGGAAAAACCGGCCGGCGGUGGCGAUUCUCGCAAGGAGCUCAAUCCCUUGCCGCAAUAUAUUGCCGAGCGCAAUGUCUUCUGGGAGAAAUGUAAGGCGGAGUACGAGGCUGAACUGGCGGCCAAGAAACGGGAGCCUAUCAAGGUCACUCUGCCAGACGGCAAGCAAGUUGACGCCACCUCCUGGGAGAGCACCCCAUACGAGGUGGCUCGAGGAAUAAGCCAAGGAUUGGCCGACAACACUGUCAUUUCCAAGGUGAACGGAGAGGUCUGGGACUUGGACCGCGUCCUCGAGGGCGAUUGCACACUGCAGCUACUCAAGUUCGACGAUCCGGAGGCGCAGGCCGUCUUCUGGCACAGCUCCGCCCAUAUAAUGGGUGAGGCAAUGGAGCGCAUCUACGGCGGACACUUGUGCUACGGUCCGCCAAUUGAAAAUGGCUUCUACUACGACAUGCAUCUGGAGGGCGAGGGUAUCUCCACCAACGACUACGGCGCGAUGGAGUCCCUGGUCAAGCAAAUCGUUAAGGAAAAGCAGAACUUUGAACGCCUGGAGAUGAAGAAGUCCGACCUGCUGGAGAUGUUCAAGUACAACGAGUUCAAGGUGCGCAUUCUCAACGAGAAGGUGACCAGCGAUCGUACCACUGUCUACAAGUGCGGCUCCCUGAUCGAUCUCUGCCGUGGGCCCCACGUUCGUCACACCGGAAAGGUGAAGGCGCUGAAGAUCACCAAGAACUCCUCCACCUACUGGGAGGGCAAAGCCGACGCUGAGACUUUGCAGCGCGUCUACGGCAUUUCGUUCCCCGAUCCCAAGCAGCUGAAAGAGUGGGAGAAACUGCAGGAGGAGGCAGCCAAACGGGAUCACCGCAAAAUCGGUCGCGAACAGGAGCUUUUCUUUUUCCAUGAGCUGUCGCCCGGCUCAUGCUUUUUCCAGCCGCGAGGAGCACACAUUUACAACACCUUGAUAAGCUUCAUCAAGGCAGAGUACAGGAAGCGCGGUUUCCAGGAAGUCAUUUCGCCCAACAUCUACAACGCCAAGUUGUGGAUGACCUCUGGUCACUGGCAGCACUACGCCGAGAACAUGUUCUCCUUUGAGGCCGAGAAGGAGAAGUUCGCCCUCAAGCCCAUGAACUGUCCAGGACAUUGCCUCAUCUUCGAUAACCGCAACCGAUCCUGGCGAGAGCUGCCGCUUCGCAUGGCCGACUUUGGUGUACUGCAUCGUAACGAACUUUCUGGAGCUUUGACUGGACUCACCCGCGUGCGUCGUUUCCAGCAGGACGAUGCGCACAUCUUCUGCGCCCCCGAGCAGAUCAAGAGCGAGAUGAAGGGCUGCCUGGAGUUCCUGAAGCACGUGUACACCAUCUUCGGCUUCUCCUUCCAGCUGGUUCUGUCCACGCGCCCGGAAAAUUACCUGGGCGAGCUGGAGCAGUGGAACGAUGCGGAGAAGGCGCUCGCCGAGUCGCUCAACGAGUUCGGAAUGCCCUGGAAGGAGAACCCCGGCGAUGGCGCCUUCUACGGACCCAAGAUUGAUAUUACCAUUAUGGAUGCGCUCAAGCGGGCCCAUCAGUGCGCCACCAUCCAGCUGGACUUCCAACUGCCCAUUCGUUUUAAUCUCAACUACAUCGCCGACGAUGGCGAGAAGAAGCGGCCGGUGAUCAUCCACCGUGCCAUUCUCGGCUCGGUGGAGCGCAUGAUUGCCAUCCUCACUGAGAACUUUGCCGGCAAGUGGCCCUUCUGGCUGUCGCCGCGCCAGGUGAUGGUGGUACCCGUGGGUCCUGCCUAUGACCAGUACGCCCAGUCCGUUCGGGAUCAGCUGCACGAUGCCGGAUUCAUGAGCGAAGCUGACUGCGAUGCCGGCGACACUAUGAACAAGAAGAUACGAAAUGCUCAAUUGGCCCAGUUCAACUUCAUCCUGGUGGUGGGCGACAAGGAGCGCUCCUCCAACACCGUGAACGUGCGCACCCGCGACAACAAGGUGCACGGCGAGGUGUCCGUGGCGGAGCUGAUCACCAAGCUGCAGAAGAUUCGCGAUGAGUUCAUCGCCAACGAGGACAGCUUCUAAGACUCAAUUUCGAUCUAUUUAUCAAAAGUAUACUUAACAUUUGCAUGGCAAAGCAAGUAAGCAUUUUUGUUCUUUCUAUGUAUUUACGCUUAUGAAACCGGAAUUCACAAAUAAAAACCAAAUCCAAAACUGAA